AUUGUUCUGUGUCCAGCUGUGCCUUGUUCUUCUGUGGGCUGAGAUGACGACAGAACAAGUGAGGGGGCGGAGAGAGGCUGAUUCAGAGCAGUUUGCUCAUUCUGUGUUAACAUCUCACUGUGAUAUCAAUGUAUGCAGCCUGAGGUACAGAGCCUGAACACAAAACCCUUAUCCCAAGAUGCAGUGGUGCAGGUGGGCUGGCAGUUGGAGAUCACACCUACCAAGACAGUCUGCAAGGCCGGAGAUUGAGGAUUCUUUCGACUUUCUUUUCAAAAUCAUCCUGGUUGGGGACUCAGAUGUGGGGAAGACCUGUGUGGUCCAGAGCUUCAAGUCGGGCAUAUUCAUCGAGAAGCAGCAAAACACCAUUGGGGUGGACUUUACUGUUCGCACCCUGGACAUCGAUGGCAAGAAGGUGAAGAUGCAGGUGUGGGACACAGCAGGACAGGAGCGUUUCCGCACCAUAACUCAGAGCUACUACCGUAGUGCCCACGGAGCCAUGGUGGCCUAUGACAUCACACGCCGCACCACAUUUGAUUCUGUUCCCCUCUGGAUCAGGGAGGUGGAGCAGUUUGGAGCUGCCAGCGUGGUACUGAUCCUCAUUGGUAAUAAGUCUGACCUUCAAGCUCAGAGGCAGGUGUUGUUCGAGGAUGCGUGCACUUUGGCAGAAAACAACAGUGUGCUGGCUGCUCUGGAAACCUCAGCCAAGGAGGCCCAGAACGUAGAGGCAGCCUUCAUCCUCAUGGCCCGGGAGCUACUGGCACGCAACGGCAUGACCAUCAUAGACGAAAUUUCCCAAGACUCUCCUCAAUUCAUGUUGAGUAACAGCUCGCACCCGGUCCAUGGCACGGAGUCCUCAGAUAAAAAGUGUGGGUGCUGAGCGGACUGAAGCAGGGACGAAUUGUUUAAAAGAUAGUUAGAGAGUGUGUGUGUGUGUGUGUGUGUGUGAGACAUAUUUUGACUUAUAAAUAUUUAUAGUUUGUAGAAUCAGUAACAAGUUUUAAAUGGUGGUUGCUUAUACAAAUAUUUAGUAAUAUUAUUCAGAGGAACUGCUGCUGAAUGUGAUAUUAAAUCCAGCAUUACAAACCACAACUUUGUACUAAGAUUGUACCACAGUACACAAAAUGUUUUCACUUGACAUG